AUGGGCUUAGGAAGUUAUUUCAAAACGAAGAGGCCUGCGCCGCCCGCAGAGAUCUCGGAAAAGCCUCCUGCCUCGACCUCACCACAGCCGGGUUAUGGCAUGGAACUUCAACCGCCACAGUCGAGAUUUGGCUCGUCGAGGAAUUCAAUGUCCAACAGAUCGACCCAGAGUUCCCAGUUUCUUGACGAUAUCAAGCAUGAGGUUAUGGUGAACUACAUGUACCAACAACAAUGUGCACACCUCUGGGUUAGCGAUGGUAGUGGAGAAAUAGAGGGUGUUCUCCUGAGGAAGUCAAAAAACACAUACAUGGCUUGUCCGCCACAAUUAGGCACCUCAUCCUUUGCUGUCGCUUGUGCAGCACUAAACGUCCAGUGCGCGAUGACAGUGAACUCAAGAGUCAUCAAAACGUUUCUUCAGUGGUCACCUGAUGCUGUCGACGUCCCCCUUCUAAAUGGCCUCCGGAUUCAAAUUCUGCCAACAAUUGAAGAUCUUCCACGAGCCAGGAAACAUCAAUUCGCCGCCUUUGUAGCCUCGGAAGCUUUAUUGGUAGUUUGGGAUGACGAGGCAUUACAUCUCGUCCAACGUGCCAAGGCUAUCGAAUCAGAAUUGAUGGAGCUGGUCUGGAAGACUGGCGAAACUGAAGAAGAAGAGAAGAAGGAUCCUAACAUUGCGGUUUAUGAGAUCGAUGAGGAGAGCGGAGAAGUCCUCCCCGAGAAGCGUGCAUUGCACUUGCAAAACACUGUGUUGGUGGCCCUCACUCUCAUAUUAAUCAUGGCAUCACUGGGUGCCGGUUUUCGACAACUCGCCAUUGAGGUAUCGACCGAUGGAACAAUGAUACGCCUGGCGCUGCUUGCUUUGACGCCGGUGCAGAUCUUCUUCACCCUGUUCUUCGGUCAGGUUAUUAUUGGUUGUUUGGCUCAAUUGUUUGGUCCUGUGCGACAACUCACCGUCAACUCCAAAUUCUACUCUGCGCGAGCUCCUCCCCGCAUCCAGCGCGCAAGUCUCCCGCACAUCACAAUCCAAUGUCCUGUGUACAAAGAGGGUCUAAGCUCCGUCAUUGCACCAACUGUCAAGUCCAUCAAACAGGCAAUCUCUACCUAUGAAUUGCAGGGCGGAUCUGCGAACAUGUUCGUGAACGAUGAUGGUCUCCAGCUUUUAGAUGAGGAGGAUCGCCGCGCUAGAAUUGAAUUCUAUGCUGAUCACAGCAUUGGAUGGGUGGCAAGACCCAAGCACGGUGACAACUUCGUCAGAAGAGGCAAAUUCAAGAAAGGGAAAUAUGUUCCAAGCCUAGCGGCGACACGUUCGUCAUCAGUGGCUUGGCUCUUGCCUAUGAAUCUACGAGACGACCCUCCACUAGACGUUAAUUGUGCUUCAAAUAUGAAUUUUGCGCUUCACAUUUCAUGCAUGGUGGAAGAGAGGUUAGCUUUAAUUCAACGACCAGGCGACUGGACUCAGGCAGACGAGGCCCAAGCCUACGAACGAUGUUUGAAGGAAGCGCUCGAAGGGAAUGGUCGUGCCUGGGCUGAUGGUAACAUUCGUGUUGGAGACUACAUCUUGUUGAUUGAUUCUGACACCCGUGUCCCUGCCGAUUGUCUCUUAGAUGCCUGUUCUGAAAUGGAGCAGUCGCCCGAAGUUGGUAUCAUGCAAUUUUCAUCUGGUGUUAUGCAAGUCGUCAACACUUACUUUGAAAACGGCAUCACCUUCUUCACAAACCUGAUCUAUUCUGCGAUCCGAUACACUGUUGCUAACGGAGAUGUUGCGCCCUUCGUCGGCCAUAAUGCUAUACUCCGGUGGUCCGCUAUUCAACAGAUCUCCUAUGAGGAUGAAGAUGGAUACGAAAAGUUCUGGUCCGAGUCCCACGUGUCCGAAGAUUUCGAUAUGUCUCUCCGUCUUCAAGUCAAUGGCUACACAAUCCGUCUAGCGGCCUGGGCUGGAGAUGGAUUUAAAGAGGGAGUGUCGCUUACAGUGUACGAUGAAUUGGCUCGCUGGGAGAAAUAUGCCUACGGUUGUAAUGAGCUUCUGUUCUACCCAAUCCGCAAAUGGAUUUACAAGGGUCCAUUUACCCCUCUGUUCCGCAGGUUUUUGUUCUCCAACAUCCGAUUUACAUCCAAAAUCACCAUCAUCUCCUAUAUUGGAACUUAUUACGCUAUUGGCGCUGCCUGGAUCAUGACAACUGCCAAUUACUUCGCCGUCGGUUGGUUCAACGGUUAUUUGGACAAAUAUUACGUGGACUCAUGGAAAGUGUGGUUCUCUAUUAUCAUCGUGUUCAAUGGUCUCGGAAACAUUGCUCUUGCCGUCCUGAGAUAUAGAACUGGCGAGAGGAGUCUUGGCUAUGCGCUCUUCGAAAACUUCAAAUGGACCAUCAUGCUGGCAAUAUUCUUGGGUGGUCUUUCUCUGCAUGUAUCGCAAGCUUUGCUUGCGCACAUGUUUGAGAUUAAUAUGACCUGGGGUUCUACUUCAAAGGAAGCCGAAUUCAGUAAUUUCUUCAUUGAAGUUCCCAAAGUUUUGAAGAAGUUCAAGUUCUCCAUGAUCUUUUCUAUCGUCGGAAUUGUUGGCAUGAUCGUCCUCGCCACUGCGCCGUUUGUACCUUACGACUGGCAAAUCAAGGACUUCAUCGCCAUUCUCCCCAUGGCGACUGUCACGGUCAGCCAUUUGCUUUUGCCGCUCGCACUGAACCCAGCCUUGAUGACCUUCUCUUGGUAA